AACCGAAAAAAUAUAUAUAUAUAUAUUAAACAACAAUUUAAGUUGAUGUAAAGUUAGCUUGUUGUUUAGGAUUUACAUUUAACUAAACGUAUAGGCUAUUUUUGUGUUGUUGUUGUCGUUUUCUCCUAAAUACCGACCAUUAGUUAGCGUAGCUGUAGCUAUCUAAGUUAGACAGAUGAGUCGCUUCUAUCGGACCAAUUUCUUCCCAAUAGAGACACAGAUAGAACAACUCACUGUCUGUUAAAUAGAGCGAGCUAACGAUGUUCUCGGUUAGACUAACAAACUAUGUUAGCCAUCCCCCGCAUAUUUAGCAAGCUAGUUAGCUAACGUGUGUGUGUGUGUGUGUGUGUGUGUGUGUGUGUGUGUGUGUGAUGACUGAUGACACUGAUAGUUGUGUCCUUGUCCUUUGGAGGAAGAGGAAUAUGACCAGCCUACACGCCGUAUAGAUCAGUGCUUCGCCCACAGAGGGAACUGCGUGCGACUAACUGACAGAGAGGAAGAAUGCCAAGGAGAAAACAAUCAAACCCACAGCCCGUCAAAUUAGACGGUGUGGAGUGUGAACCAGGAUGCCUGGUUCUGGACAGUGACUUCCUGCUUAGUGGAGAGCUCUGUGAGUUUGGAGACACAGAGAUCAUGGGGCUGGACAGAGACACAGGUAUGACAGUGUUCUCUCUGAGUGAUGACGGCACCAGCCUUCCAGCUUCGGGUGACUCAGCCUUCCCAGCAUUCCUCUCCUGUAAGGGGUGCCGCCAAUUGAUGGGGGCCGACCUUGACCUGGGAGCAGGACUUGACUUGGGGGCGGGACUCUACUGCCUGAGCUGCGAAGAGGGCCUCCAAUCAGAAUCACACACAGCCAUGGAGGAUACCUCACAGGGGGAGGAGUCAACCCCGGCUGUCCAAUCAAGUGGCGGGAAGAACAGGAAGAGGAAGAGGAGUAAGGCGGGUGAUGAAGAAGUCUGUAUGAAGCUGUACACGUGCUCUCUGUGUAGUUUCUCCUCUCGCUACUCCAACCAUCUCAAACGCCACAUGAGAACCCAUGAUGGAGAGAAGCCCUACCGCUGUCCCCACUGCCCCUACGCCUCUACACAGAGGGUCAACCUGCAGAGACACACGCGCACACACACCGGGGAGAAGCCCUACCUCUGCAACGCCUGCAGCUAUGCCUGUAGUUCCCUGGGGAACCUGCGGAGGCACCAGCGCUCGCACAGCCAGGAGCCUCAGCCCCGGCCGCAACGCACACACACACUGAAGAGACGCAGCAGACGAAAACACAGAGAAAACGGUGAAGAUGCCAUUUUGUCAGACCUGACAGUGUGUGUGAGGAAGGACUCUGAUUUCCUCCAGUCCCUAGGGGGGGUAGCCUCUCCCUCUCUCCCCCCCUCCGCCCCUCUCCCUGACCUCCUCUUCCCCCUCUGUUGUCGCUCCUGUGGCCUCACCCUGGAAGGAGAGAGAGAGGCGGAGGGCAGAGGACUGAUGUGUAGUCAAUGUUCUGAGUUUGUCCUCUCUAAGGAUAUAGGCUCCUCCAGCCCCACUGACACAGACUCGCACACAGUCCGGCCGGGGGCCAGCAAGCUGUACCGCUGCCCUCUCUGCCCCUUCCUCUCCCUCUACCCCAACCACCUGGCCCGACACGCCCACAUCCACAGCGGGGAGAAGCCCCACCGCUGCCCUCAGUGCCCUUACGCCUCGGCCCACCUGGACAACCUGAAACGACACCUCCGGGUCCACACGGGGGAGAAGCCCUACCGCUGUCCCCAGUGCGCCUACGCCUGCGGGAACCUGGCCAACCUGAGGCGCCAUGAGAGGAUUCACUCUGGAGCCAAGCCGUUCCACUGCUCUGUGUGUGGCUACAGCUGUAACCAGAGUAUGAACCUGAAGAGACACAUGUUGAGACACACAGGGGAGAAGCCGUAUGGCUGUGCUGAGUGUGACUACACUACGGGACACUGGGACAACUACAAACGCCAUCAGAGGAAACACAGACACAACACACACAGCUGGGACAAACACACACACCAGGACACUACAGCAGACAGCAACACACAGCACUGACACACACACACACACACACACACACACACACACACACCACUGAGACACACACAGCACUGAGACACACACACACACACACACACACUCCACUGAGACACACACACACACUCCACUGAGACACACACUCCACUGAGACACACACACACUCCACUGAUACACACACACACACACACUCCACUGAGACACACACUCCACUGAGACACACACACACACACCACUGAGACACACAAAGCACUGAGACACACACACCCCUGAGACACACACACACACACCACGGAGACACACACACACACACACACACCACUGAGACACACACACACACACACACACUCCACUGAGACACACACACACACUCCACUGAGACACACACACACUCCACUGAGACACACACAGCACUGAGACACACACACACACACACACACACACACUCCACUGAGACACACACACACACUCCACUGAGACACACACACACACUCCACUGAGACACACACUCCACUGAGACACACACACACACACACUACACUGAGACACACACACCACUGAGACACACUAACCACUGAGACACACACACACACACCACUGAGACACACACACACACUCCACUGAGACACACACACACACACACACACUCCACUGUGACACACACACCACUGAGACACACACACAGCACUGAGACACACAGCACUGAGACACACAGCACUGAGACACACACACAUACACACAUAGCACUGAGACACACACACACACACCUCUCCCUGGUUAUGGUUCCCUGUUCCUUGAAUUCUGUGUGUGUGUGUGUGUGUGUGUGUGUGUGUGUGUGUGUGUGUGUGUGUGUGUGUGUGUGUGUGUGUGUGUGUGUGUGUGUGUGUGUGUGUGUGUGUGUGUGUGUGUGUUACAAUGGUAACCCCCGACCCCUAUAUCUCUGCUCUCCCUCAGAGGGGCGGGACUUAUCUCAGGAACCUUUUAGAGGCGGAGCUACAUGUGCUGGUUUCCUGGAUCUGAACACUGCACUGGCCUUAGGGCUUUAAAUGGUGUGUCUGUGGGAUUCAAGAUUCAUACUUUUAUUUUUGAACGGUUAAAUGUUGUUUUUAAUAAAGUAGAUGCGUUGUUGGAAAAUGUUAUGUUUUGAUUGAGAUUUAGGCCAUUUCUAAAUUGUAUAUUCCAAAAACAAAAAUCUGUGAAGAAUGUAAUUGUGAAACAGAUAAAGAGUUUAUUUUUUGCAAUAAAUUCUAAUAUAUUUUAGUUGAUUUGAACAAUGUUUCUCGGAAAACAGUAUUGUGUUGGCAGACAUCACGUUGUAUUCUCAUUGGAGACGAUGCCUAGCACACAGUAGCAGUUUCAAAAUGUUUAGAAACAGAAAUGGAGAGUUUGAAGCCUUGUCCCUUUGCUUCCAUUUGGCUCUUCGUAAAUACACCCCUGUUGAUUAUAAGGCUCCUCAGAGAACAGACAGGACCCCUGCUGAUUAUAAGGCUACUCAGAGAACAGACAGGACCCCUGUUGAUUAUAAGGCUACUCAGAGAACAGACAGGACCCCUGUUGAUUGUAAGGCUACUCAGAGAACAGACAGGACCCCUGUUGAUUAUAAGGCUAAUCAGAGAACAGACAGGACCCCUGCUGAGAGAACAGACAGGACCCCUGUUGAUUAUAAGGCUACUCAGAGAACAGACAGGACCCCUGUUGAUUAUAAGGCUACUCAGAGAACAGACAGGACCCCUGUUGAUUAUAAGGCUACUCAGAGAACAGACAGGACCCCUGCUGAGAGAACAGACAGGACCCCUGUUGAUUGUAAGGCUACUCAAAGAACAGACAGGACCCCUGCUGAGAGAACAGAGAGGACCCCUGUUGAUUGUAAGGCUACUCAGAGAACAGACAGGACCCCUGUUGAUUGUAAGGCUACUCAGAGAACAGACAGGACCCCUGUUGAUUAUAAGGCUAAUCAGAGAACAGGCAGGACCCCUGCUGAGAGAACAGACAGGACCCCUGUUGAUUGUAAUGCUACUCAGAUAACAGACAGGACCCCUGUUGAUUGUAAGGCUACUCAGAGAACAGACAGGACCCCUGUUGAUUGUUAGGCUACUCAGAGAACAGACAGGACCACAUUAACUGUCUGUACAUUGUGCCUUCUACAUCUCUAGUACUGAAAUAAAAAACUUUUGACUGAA